CCUUCUAAUUGACUCCUACUCCAUCCGACGCUUUAGCUCCCUCCCCCGUCGUCUCCUCUCUGGCUCCAUGCCAUUGCAGAUUGUAGAAUGGAAUGACCCUCUCUGCCCUCGAACAAGAGCAAUCGCCCCCCAGCAUCCAUCCAUCCACCCCAUUCGCCGUUAAUGACAACAAUUUUUAGACAAAAAGAUUCUGGAGCCCGUCAGAGACAAGAAGAGAGUGGAAGGAAAGACAAGAAAAAAAAAGAAAAACGCCUCUCUUCAACUGCACGCGUGUCGUCUCCCCUACAUUCUCUCUCUCUUGCAUCGUACCUCACUCUCGCGCAGUGUACCUGUCUAGAAACACAUCCCCCCUUCCAUCUCUGUCUUCCACCCCCCUCCCCUCCACUAUUGGCGGCGGUCUCCCACCACCACCACCUCCUCUGACCACCACACUGUCUGUCUAUCUAUCUCUCUCAUCUCUCUCCUCCGCCAGCCUGCCUCCUUCCUUCUUCAUUUUCCUCUCCGUCGCCCACUUUCUGUUUUAAACACAACGUUGUGUGUUUCCGACGCGCAAGCCAGGGGCGCUGCGUAGACAAGACCUUAGAGCGACGACUGCUGGUCCCUUUGUGCAGAACCGAUAUACCGAAUCCCGAUUUCGACCAUCAAUCAUAUCGGCAACCAUUUUCCUUCUGCCGCAUGCGCAAUCGCCGUCCCCUCGUUAGACCCGCGCCGUGUCUUGUUCACCAUCAUCGACACCUUUGCUCCAGGAUGCCUCAUUAAUCCGCCAUCUUAUACUUUCCACAGCUCGCCCACUCGUUUCUCAAACGCGACAACGGUGUCUGCCCCGUCACUGCUGUUACACCGCCAUCGAGGCACAAUAGCCAGUCAUGGAAACUUGUGAGGGAGUUCUCCUUAUUCCCCCUGACCGCGGCCAGAUUCUGGGCCGCGCUAUCUGGAAGCCACGUUAUGUAGUUGUCGGGGGUCGCAACAUCCACCACAGAGAAGGUCUGACUAGCCCGACUUUUCCGCCAAACACAAAUACACACCGCAACGGUGCUCCUCCGAAGAUCCAACCGAGGACUCCCGCCAGCGAUGACUAUUACAUCUCCAUAUUCAAGUCCAAGGUAAGGCUCAACAUGACGGAGUUCUCUGGCCCGAACCUAAGCCUCCUGAACCUGCAGGACGACUGGGAGCCUUCGUACCAGUACCCCAUCAGCUCUGUCACAGACUGUCAGGUCCAAAUGCUCGCCCAUCGCAAGCAGGGUCCGGUUCUGCCGACUCUCGUCAUUACCAUCAACGACAAGGAGAAGAAGCGGCGUUCGAGUAGGGCCGCCGGUCUGAUUUCCAAAGAAUCCACCGCCACUACCUUAUGGUUCCGCACACCCCCCGAUGAUCACCACAUCAGUCUCCAUGAGUGGGCCCGUUUCAUCGUUUCGAGGAAACUUCCCAUGAGUCCCGAGAGCCCUGCCUCGCCAUCUUUCACCAACCCAUUCACACAGCAACGGUCACGGGAUGUUGAUUAUUUCCCGCGACCUCCUAGCGGCAACCCAAAUCCCCGCGGCACUUUGCAACACAAGAACUCUACGCAGACGUAUUCGAGUCGAGACCGCCCUGUCACCUUCAGCUCCGAUUCCCCCAGCCUACGGUCCAAGCGCAGCGAUGUCUCCUCGCCAACAAGCACCAACCACCCAGCCCACGUGGGAUUCACCAUGCCCGAUCCCAACAAGUACACCACUGUGCUCCCCUCUGAUAUCCCCUCGCCAGUGACCACUAUGAGCGACGGCCAAAGGAGCGAGUUGAUUGAGGGUUGGACUGCCGCGCAAGGGAGGUCAUCUACACUCAGCUCCCCCAUUCGUGGACGCGGCAGUAUCAGCUCUGGCGCCGCACAGCCCCUUCCCGGAGCCGAUUCCAGUUCACCCCCAAAUACCCGAGAGACGAUUCUUGACAGGGCAUUCCAGUUGCGCUGCAUCCCUGGUUCAGAACGCGAGACGCCAGGCGAGGAGAAACUAACGUCUCUGGCCCGGUUCGAUGCCCUGAUGCGCGAAGCGGACGAGAAGAUUCGCCACCGGGUGAAAGAGGCGCACGCAGAAAAGGUUGCGAUGCUCAGCGCGUUUGACGUGGAUGAGGAUUCAUCCGAAGACGAGGUAGAGGAUGAAGACGACGAUGACGAUGACGACGACGACGACGAAGAUCAGGAGGAGUACGCGCAUGAGGCAGAUGUCAACGGCAAUCGCCAUACCUUGAUACCGCCCAAUGCUCAGCGCGCUCUCGACUUCCUUGCCAACCACCAAGCCGACGCAACGUCACCUCGUUCACCCGUGAUGAGGAGCACGCCCGCCAACUUCAGUGUCCCCCUGCAGGCGCCUGCGCGACCACACACGGCUCAUUCCAGGAUGCGGCCUAGCGUGACGCAAAGGACAAACGGCCAGACUCAGCCCACGGGGCAGGUAAAGCUUGAUGUGCCGACCUCUUCAUCCGGUAAGACAUCCGAAGAUGCCAGUUCCCGACCCUAUGGGGAAAAGCGGGCGUCCGGCUCCAGCGCCAAACGACUCAGCUUCACCGAGUUCACCAAGCGUCUCUCGAGCACCAGCAGCUUACUUCUCGUCCAGACCAGCACCAACAGCGGGAGCAGUUGCGGCAGCAGCGAGUUCGACCUAAGUCCAUCACAGGUACCCAAAGGUACUUUGAACGCUAGGGGCGUCCCCCCCCGGCCUCGCGAUCUCGAGCGAGAGGAACAAGAGCGACACUGUGGUUGGCGAAACAGCGUAGGAUUCUCCGAAGGCGGCUUGAUCUGACUGGACCGGCCGGCCUCCAUCAAGCCUUCUUCUCCUCACCAUCAUCUUUGGCCAGACCUGACACAAUCUCUUUCAUUGUUACCAGCCACACUCGACAUUACCUAUACCCAACCCACACCACAACAUGGUUGAUGUAUAUGCUGUACGAUUUUUCGAUCUUACGAUACCAUUGUGUUUGCAUUUAAUAACGACUUAUGAUCGAGGUUCACAGACUUGGGACCGGGCGUUUGAUUUCGUCUUUAUUCAUUGCACGUUGUCUUCGCAGUUGGAUUACAUUUACACCUUUUCGGAUGGGUGAGGAAGGGGUUUGUUUGUUUGCCUGUUUGGAGGAAGCAUCGUUGUCAGACAAAAAGGUCUGAAGGGCUCGAGGGAGAGUCGACAGGCUCAUGCUGCACAAGGCGGCCCUGUCCUGUCAUGCUCCCUUCGUUCGUACGCAUACACUGGUGUUGUGGUCGGCGAUCCCGUCACGAAGUGAAAUGUCGGUCAGCGGGACGUUUUGAUGACGUUGACGUUUUCGGACCUGGAACCACUUGACGUUCAGAUGAACAUACAUAGAAACGUUGUAGCACAUAGUAGUGUACGAUUCACACUUCAAUGAAACAAUAUGGGUACCCGU